AUGAAGACUAGCCAUGAAGAGUGUUCCUGGGCUCCUGGAUCAGCUGCUGAAAAUGAGAACCCUGUGCGCAGAGAGGAGCCGCCUGCCAUUUGGCCAGAGCAGGACAGGGAGGGCGGGCUCCGGUCCAGCCGCCAGGGUCAGGGUCAGCCUCGGCCACCAGGAGGCACGGCCUCUCCCACUGUCCUCUCUCUGCCACCGGCUUCAGUGUGUAAGCAGGAGAGGCUGCGGGAGGAAAGGGAGGUGGAGAGCAGCCGAGCUCACGCCCUCCGUGUCCUUAGCAAACAGGAGGACAGGACGGUGGGUGCCUUAAGUAACGGGUAUUUCCUCCUGAGACCCCAUCCCGCUGCGUCGUGUCACAGGAAGGGCGCGGAUGGCGCUGGAGCGCAGGCGGAGCGGCACUCGUGCUGGGGGCUGCUACGGUGGCAGGUGGCUGGGCUGGGGCUGACGACAAGCCACAGAUCCCCGGGGCAGGCGCUUCCCUCUCACGACAGAGCAGCCGGCCCCUCGAGGGGUCCACGCUCACGCGCCCUCACUGCCCACCGCCCAGGCUUCGCCAAGUCCCAUCCAUGUCACUUGCUGAAUCACUCACCCCAUCACCACCACCGCAGGUUGCGGCCACUGCCGGCUACAGCGGGGAUCACUGUAGUUCCUGAUGGGUCUGCUUCUAGUCUUGCUCCUUCGUUCCCUACUGAAGGCUUUUCCCUCAACCAGGUCCAGCCUCCUCCACAGGCAGGUGGCUGGUGGCAUCAGAAGCGAAGAGACACAGACCACAGGGCAGAGGGCCAUGUGAGGAGGCAGAGGCUGGAGUCCUGCAGCUGCAAGCCUAGGACCACGGGGGGCCGGCCUCCAGCCCCAGCUAGAAAAAGGCAAGGAUCUUCCACUACAGGGUUCAGACUGGGCAGCAUCCGGAACGGCCUAAGUACUGCAGGCCGUCACCUCCCCAGCUUUGGACCCAACUCGCAGCUCGUCCAGCAUGAGUCAGCCCAGCCUACACUUCUCCCUCACAAGCCAUUGCCCACCAUACCCUGGGGCAGAGGUGAAGACAAACCUUGCAAAUUUAAAAUAAAAAACGAAUAUUCGGUCAUGGUUUUGCAUGAAAACAAAACACAGCUCUUUUUCCACCUGACGGGAAGAAAUGGAACUUCCUUAGAGGGGCUCCUUCAGCUGGAAGCAGCAGGGAAGUGCGCCUCUGAGUGGGCACCAAGCUGCCAACAGCUGGCGAGGCCCCAGGGUGCCGAGGCUGGCAUCGUGGAGAGUAGGAGAGGAGCACGUCCCCCGAGACCCGUCAGAAACUGGACCACGUGCCUGUCUUCUCCGGGCAGGGGCCACGUAGGGGUAGUUUGUUCAGCUGCCCUCCUUGGUGGAUGA